AGUUUAAGUCUUUCAGCAUAUCCAGGUGCUUUCUGACUUGAAAAUCCUUAAAGAUUUUUAAAAUAAAUCCUUAAGUUAACUUUGAAGAAGGAGAUCCUGGGCAUCCUUUCUGACCAUUUACAUCCUUACAAAGCAAAGCGACAAGAGCAAACGUCAUGAUUUCGCACAUGUGCACUGGAGGGAACACAGAGCAAGCGAAUUACCUAAGGAACUCCGAGUGAAACGAAAAUGAACGCGUUGCAUAAUGACCGCGUUUCCUUGGACGUGUAUUUCAAGUGAAAGAAAAUCCGAGUGAACGAAGUAUACGCAGAAGUGUGAGGAAACGAUACUAAAGCAUGGAUAAAAAGCUUGACCUACACGGGUUAUUUGAAUUCAACGACACCUUUGACUACUCUGACUAUAAAUACGAAGAUGACUGUGACACGGGGAGUUCCUUUCUGGCCAUAUUCCUCCCCAUUAUGUACUCUGUGGCAAUGGUGCUGGGGCUGACUGGAAACAUCUUGGUGCUGGUUGUGCUAUGGCAGAAGAGGCGCAACUGGAGCAUGACUGCUGCCUUCGUACUUCACCUGAGCAUAGCUGAUAUACUGCUGCUCCUCACCUUGCCAGUAUGGGCAGUGGAUGCUGGGAAAGGGUUGAGCUUUGGCUCUGUACCCUGCAAGCUGACUGGAGUGCUGUUUAAGAUCAACUUCCACUGCAGUAUCUUCCUGCUGGUCUGCAUCAGCCUGAAUCUGUACAUUUCUGUAGUUCACACAACGAAAAUUUGCUCAUGCACAAGACCCUACAUGGUGCAGCUCAUCUGCCUGGUUGGUUGGAUCUUCAGUCUUCUUCUCUCCAUUCCUGACUGGAUGUACCUGAAGGCAGCAAGGGUCUCUGAACAAGAGGACAAUUACAAGUGUGUGUAUAUGUACUCAUGUACAGAGGCACGCAUGGCUUCUCACUUCUCAUUUCUUGUGUUAGGCUUUCUGCUUCCUUUUAUAGUGCUGCUCUACUGUUUCGUUCAUGUCCUACUUAAGUGCAGAUCUAAAAUGGGUGUGCCGAAGCGGAGAGCCGUGCAAGUCACUUUUGCCCUGGUGUUGGUCUUUUUCAUCAGUUGGACACCCUUCAACGUUGCUCUGCUAAUGGACAUGUUCGAUUUUUCAUCAAGAAAACCUGCAGAAUUUUGUGGAAAUCACAGGUGGACUGCAGUGAAAAUCACAGCUAUUCUAGGUUUCCUUCACUCCUGCUUGAACCCUCUGAUUUAUUUUGGCUUUUCAGAAAAAUUCCGACACUGGAUUUUAAGCGUCAUGAAGUGUAACAGUUGUGCAGUGGACAGUGGUGACUAUUUCCUAUGGGAUUCUAGAGAAUUUCACAGUCCUACAUCUGUCCCACAGGAGGAGAAUGGAGCACUACAACCAAUGAAUAAUAUACAGCAGCUGAAUGAUGAAAUGCUUUGACACAUCUUUAUCCUAAUAUUUUUUUAAAAAUUAAUACUUUAGGGCAAUUUAAAUAAUAAUACUUUAAUAUUUAGGGUGGGUGCGUGGACCAUGGUGGAUAAGUCUUCAGUAACCGGAUGUAUGAACCUAGUGACUCAUUUAGCAAAGCUUGCCAAGAAUAAGUUCUAUGUUUGUGUACAAGAACCUGAAGUACAUGCUCUGGUAUGUAGAACAUGCACAUAUACACAGCUGAUGUCAAGGGACAUAAAUAAAUUUCAUACAUUUUAAAUUACUCUGCUCUCACAGAGCCACAGACUCUCACAUAAACACUCCCAAGUGACCAUAUUGGUUUCAGGAUGACAUCUUAUAAAGCAGCCUGCUUGUGGCAUGUUGCAGUAUGAAGUAAAGAUACUUUUACAGUAAGACAGCUUAGUAACAGUGUAAGCUUUUCAUACUGCACUUAACCUCAGUUUAUUGUCAUUCUAAACCCUGCUUUUAACCGCAUGUAGAGGAACAUUUCCCACUUGAAAUUGGUGUCGGGGCCCACUUUUAUAAAAGGCAUAUGAAACCCUGCUCUGAUGCAGGGUUAGCAGCGUUUUGCAGUCUUAAUGCCACAAUGCAGUGCCCAACAUGCACAAUGCAGAAUGAUGUAGCAUUUGAUGCAUUAAUUUAUGGCUAGAUGCUAAAAAAUGUUGCAUGCUUUGUACAGUGACCAUAUGAAAUGUUUGAUGGUGAUUGAAAACAUGUUAUAGAUUUUUAAAAGGGAUUUACAUAGCCACUUUUUUUCUCACUAAUGUGAAAGUGCAAGAUAAGCUGUAGUUAAGGGGUCACAUACUGUAUUCAUCCAUUAAUGAUUGCUGACACCGCAAAUCAGAAGGUUAAUAUAGGGUUUAGGAAUGUACAGUGUGAAAUGUCAGAUUAUGAAUAGCCAGGAUUAAUUGUUAAUCCCGGUUAAAGUAUGAGCAGUGUGAAAUGUGAGAGAUUUAAUUUACCUGGGGUUUACAAUGACCCAGAGUUAACUAUUCCAAGUGUCAAAGCCAAAAUAGUUUAUUUGGCACUUUUCUGACUAGUUUGUCAAAAGAAUAUUUGAUGGCCAAGUUUGCAUUAUUUUACCUCAGUUACAUUUAGAAAUCAUGCCAUGACAGGUACAUCCCUCCAAAUAUAAUGUAUUGUAGCAUGUGCAAUAUGAAUGUAGAUAAGACCGGUCUUGAUUUAGCUUGGAAAUGUCAGAUAUGUCUGGAUUUUUGUUGGGAAAAAAACAAGUGUAGAAAGUGCUGAAACUGUACUGGACAAAUGUUCCUGCACUUUCCUCCCUCUACUUCUAAAAGGUGUGUGUGUGUGUGUGUGUGCGCAUCUUAAAGCAAGGCAUUAUCCUAAUCAUGUUUUACAUAGAUUUUAUACCAUUUGACUCCGUCAUUUAUGCUGAUUGAGAGUACAUGGGACUGACCAUAAUCAGUUUACCUGCUGUUUCACCUUGCUGACACUAAGGUUUCCUGCACAUGCACAGUCUGGAGUGUGCAUAAAUUUCUGCAUAUCCUUAAGUGAUAAAUCACAUUCAGUAUAUAGAAACGUGUGCAUGGAGUUUGCACAAAACUAUGCAUAUAGACAGUUGAUAAAUUAGUCCCCUAGUGUGGAUAUGUGUGACAAAUGAAAAACUUUUGUGCAUGUUAAUGUUUAGAAUAAAAUGCUACAGCAACUCUCAGGAUGUGCUACAACACAGUUACAGCAUUUCCUUUAUAUGAAACAUGAAAGCUGUUUUUUUUUUUUUUUUUCCUGGGUGUAGCUUGUAGUUUCCCCUUUCUAGAGUUUUGUUCAGAUUUGUGUGUGUGUGUGAGAGAGAAAAUGUAUUUUAAAAACAUUAACAAGCUUAGAUAAAUAUAGUUUGAAAUUCAUUUAAAAUCUAAAUCAUUUUAAGGAGCAUUGCUGUCAUUACAUAUUGCAGGGUUUUUUUGGGGGUUUUUUUUUAUAGACUAGUCAAUUUAAGCCUUAGUAGCAAAUUCCUGUUAUGAAAGGAAUAAACAUUUUUUCUUCCUUUUUUGGAGUUGUGAAGAUUGGGUCAUAUGUAAUCCGUUUUUCAUAUUUUAUUUUAAUAUAUGUAUUUUAGUAAAUAUGUAGUAAUAUUGCUAUCAGUGCCAAAGAACUGUCAUGAAUUCAUGUUCUUACAUUUACUUACAAGAACAGCAGAAU